ACAGGAGAUUAAGACGAAAGCGUAGAGUUCAGGUAUGGGUCUCUUGAGGUUAUUUAGGCGCAAACAAAAAUGGGUCUUGGGAAUCAUUCUAAUCAUUUUUGUUGUGUACCGAUUUACUUACCAUGAAAGUGAAAGUGAACCAAGUGGACGCAAGUUGAAGAACACCGGAGGAGUUUCUGUAUUUGAUUAUGAUCGCUAUCUUUUUGCAAAAAGCCUGAACCCAAUUCCAGAAGAUAGCUGUCUACUUAUCAAUCCGAAUGGGGUACCGUAUCAUGUUUGCAUUCACAAAAUUGAGGAAGAUAUCUAUAUUUCCGACUCCAUAAGAAAUGGAUGGUCUUGGGAACCGAUCUUGAGUCGCCAUAUUGGUUCAUUCCUGGACCAAGGAGGAUGGAACUCAAUCUUGGUUGAUAUAGGUGCCAAUAUUGGGAUUCAUUCGCUUUUUGCGGCUAAGCUUGGUCACAGAGUUUUUGCCGUGGAACCACUGGAUGUUAAUUUAGUUAAAAUGUUUCAUGCGUCCUUAUUAGAUGGUACUUCAAAUUCCAUGACAAUCUUAGAAAAUGCCAUUGACAUGUACGAACACGAAGCAAUCAUCCAGAAAAACGUGGAGAACCUGGGUGGAAGUUACCUCACCCCCCAAAUUCACGGUCUUGAUCAACUCAACCCCAACACGGUCCACAUUCCAGCUGUGAGAUUGGUUCAAAUUCUUCAUCUGAUUUCAAAUCACACCACUCAAACCGAGCGCCAAACUGUCGUUAUGAAAAUGGAUAUAGAAAAGUAUGAAUGCAGGGCAUUUCUGGGUUCGUCCGAAAUUUUCGAUAUCCCCAAUCUCUAUGUGUCGCAUAUUGUCAUGGAGUGGCGAUUCGCGGACCGAAGUAAAGGAUCAAUUGUGAUGUAUCCGCCUUCUUGCCCGGAGACAAUGUUGGAAGAUCUGAUCAAUCUUUUCAAUGAUCACGACUACUAUCCAUUUUCGGAUGAUCUGGACUUGCUGGAGGCCAGUGAAGCCAUGGGCUGGACCAAAGAUGUGAUUUGGGCGCACAAAGACACUCAGCUGGUUCAAGAGUUAAAUCUCUUUUGAUUGCUUUUACCCCGUAUAAUAAAUGUCAAUAAUGGGAAACUUAGGCGGUGGGAGAGAGCAGCUUGUAAAACUAUUCAAUAUUCACACUUCGAACCGACAAUCUGUAAUUUUACAGUAUUUUCUUUUUUUAAUAAAGUUGGGCUGAAAAGUAAA